AGCUGGGCCGACAUGUUCAGGAGGGCGGAGACCAAAUGGUUCCUCUCAUGUAACAGCCGCGUAGCUCGCAAUGGCAACACGCUGGGGAAUAUGCAGUGCAGGUAAAAUCAGUCAUGACUUCUCGGUUGCUCUACGGACCCUGACUCCCGAGGAGCACGAGAUAGUGGCUGUUGCAGCGAGGGACCUGCAGCAUGCUGAAGAAUUUGCCAAAAAACACAACAUCCCUCGAGCAUAUGGAAGUUAUGAUGAGUUGACACAAGAUCCAGACAUUGAUGUGGUGUACAUCGGCACCAUCCAUCCUCACCACUUGAGUACUGGAAAGCUCUUUAUGAAGUCCAAAAAGAAUGUGCUGAUUGAGAAACCCCUGGCCAUGAAUUCAAGGGAAGUGCAGGAACUCAUCACUGCAGCCCGAGACAACAGUGUUUUUCUCAUGGAGGCAAUUUGGACGCGUUUCUUUCCCGUAUCCCUUGAAGUGAGGAGACUGCUGGGCAAGGGUGAAGUGGGUGAUGUUCAGAUGGUGAGGGCUGAUCUUGGAGCUCCUCUCACCCAUAUCCCUCGCUUGGCUGAGAGGGAGUUAGGAGGGGGGGCACUGCUGGACCUGGGAAUCUACUGUCUGCAGUUUGUCCUCAUGGUUUUUAAUGGCGAGAGGCCCGAGUCCAUCCAAGCCACGGGACAUUGCAUAGACACAGGUGUUGAUGGAACAGCAGUUCUGGUCCUGAGGUUCUCAGGAAACCGACUGGCCGUUUGCACUUGUUCAAUCACCAUGAUGAUGACCUGUGAUGCUGUCAUCACUGGGACCAAAGGCACCAUUAAGGUACCCCACCAUAUGUGGUGCCCCACAACCUUGGAUGUGAACGGGAAGGAGAUGCAGUUCCCCCUGCCAGAGGCUGGCAUGCCACUAAACUUCACCAACAGCACAGGUCUACGAUAUGAAGCUGAGGAGGUCCGCCACUGUCUGCUGAAAGGACUAAAGGAGAGUCCAUGGAUGCCGUGGUCUCAUUCCAGCCUGUUAGCAGAAGUUAUAGAUGAGGCCAGAAGACAACUGGGAGUAACGUAUGACCAGGAUAAUAUCCAGUGAGGUGUUCUCAGUGCCAGUUUCCUGUUGAAUUCAGGGCACAUGGGAUCAUUGUAGGUGUAUUGGCUAAGCUUGGACUGCUUUAUGUGUGUGUUUGAGUGUCAUACAGUAAUAUACAGUAUAUACUGUAAUAACAGUGCCUUUGUCCUAGUCAAGGGGUCCUAGUGAGCCAUGACAGCCUGCACAAAGCAACUAAAUAAAAUUCAUCAUUAAUUGUA